AAUUAUACUUCUUCUCUAACCCACAAUCGAUAACAAAAGAGAGAGAGAGAGAGAUCUAAAGAGAGUUUGCUUUCUUAGAUACAUAUAUUAUACAUUUCUUUAUAAAUUUUUAUAAAAAAUGUCGUCUAGCAGAAGGUCGAGACAAGCAAGCUCAUCAUCAAGGAUUAGCGAUGAUCAGAUCACUGAUCUUAUCUCAAAGCUCCGACAGUCUAUUCCAGAGAUUCGCCAGAACCGUCGUUCUAGCACGGUAUCAGCAUCGAAAGUGUUACAAGAGACUUGCAACUACAUAAGAAACUUGAACAAAGAAGCGGAUGACCUCAGUGAUCGAUUGUCUCAACUUCUGGAGACCAUUGAUCCUAAUAGCCCACAAGCAGCCAUUAUUAGGAGCUUGAUUAAUGAAUAA